AUGGACGGAAACAUAACGUACUUAUGUGUACAUCAUUUUACUAUUGGUGGGUUACCCCUGCAAUUUUUUUCAAUUCCAUUUGGCGUCCUUGUCCUAUUUCAAAACCUGCUUACCAUUAUUAUUAUCCACCGUACCCCAAAACUCCACACACAUGCCAAUAUAGUCUUGGCCUCCAUUGCUUGUGGGGACAUAUACUUAGCUCUUGUUUAUAUCGGUGACGGAAUUAUCUACUUACCCGGGGUAAGGAAUACCAUGCGGCCCAACCCUUUCCUAGAGGCAUCUACUUGUGGCGCAGGAUACUCUUCUCUACUUUUGUCUGUCAGCCAGUUGGGUUUCAUCGCAGUGGAUCGCUACAUCCACAUUGUCAACCCACUGUAUUACAUAGCACAUAUUACAAAGCGACGGGUGUAUACGAUAAUAGCAUGUUUUUGGAUUGUGGGGCUGGUUUAUGGCAUAAUCCCAGUAAUUAUGUACAGAAGUACAUCAAAUGAUAACAUUUGUUUGAUUGCCAGGCCACCCUUCGAAUAUAUAGUUGUCCCUGUCGUGCUUUAUCACGUGGAAAUUGUGUUAAUGUUUGUUUGCUAUUUCCGAAUAGCUCGUUUGGCUUUUCAGCGUAAGAAAGCCAGCCACGCUAGACAACUGGGUUUAAAUGGGGACACAUUGAAUAGGGAAAACUUCAAUCACAGUAGAGUGGCAGCGUGGAAAAGUGUGACAUUUUUCGCCACAAUGUGUGGCAUCUUUGUUGUGUGCACUUAUCCUGCAGUUUUAGCUAUUCUCAUCAGUAGUGUGGACUCAUUUCCAUUGUCUGUAUUCAUGCCAUUGAUGUUCUUAUUUUUAAUACAUUCUGUAUUAAAUUUUUUCGUGUACUUCAACAUGAACAAAGAUUUUUGUCAGGGUUUCAAAAAGAUAAUCGCAGAUAUACAGCACAAGUUUAUGAAAACAAACACAAGAAAUGGAAACUAG